AAUAUGAAAAUGAAAUGCGAAAAAGAUCAACCGUCGAUGUGUUAAAAUCUAGAUCUGCGGCAUUUCAAGUAUCCACUCCGAUUGGAUAUCUUAGAGCCUUUAUUAGAAAUUGUUAUUAUAAG